AUGGCACCUCCGAGCGGAGCGGCUUCGUACAAGAAGGCGGACGGCUCCUUGACCAUUUCAGUCGAUGAGUCGUCUGUAACAUGGAUGCCUGCAGCGACAGGUGCAGCACAGCCGAUCACUAUACAAGUAAUCAAUAUUUCCAAUUUACAACAGACACCAGCUUCCAAACCAAAGGUUAUGCUGAAGAUCUUUGCCCGCGCCCCCGAUUCUCCUCCUGAUGCCACGCCCGAGGCAUAUGUUUUCCAGUUUACCGGUGGGGCGGAUGCCCGACCGCAGGCUGAUGCCAUCAAGGAAACACUCAGUGCCCGGAUCAACACGCUAAGAUCGCAGACACCCGCGCAAACACCGGGACCGACGCCGGGUGGUGGAAGUGGCGAAGGCUUGUCUGCGGCGAUGGCAAUCGCAAAUGCUGUCACGUCAGCGGGGACAUCAAAGAACCCACUAGAUGACGAGAACAAGCUCCGAACGAACGGCGAGCUACAACAGUCAUUGCUGAAAGCGGAUUCAAAUCUCCGUCGCAUGUUCACCGAGGGCUUGAACACCAAACCUGAUGCGUUAUCGUCUGGUCAGUUCAUGUCACAGUUCUGGUCGACGCGGCUGCAUCUACUGCGCGCGCAUGCUAUUGAGCAGAGCCAGAUGCGCGGCUCUUAUAAUGUGCUUUCGUCGCUGAAGCCGCGGGUUGAGGGGGAUAAUGUUACCCGGAUGAAUAUUAGCAAGGAGCAGAUUGCGCUGAUCUUCUCGCAGCAUCCGCUUGUUAAGCGUGUUUAUGAUGAGAUUGUGCCGAAGCUUAAUGAGCAGCAAUUUUGGUCGCGGUUCUUCCAGAGUCGGCUUUUUAAGAAGCUUCGUGGAGAGCGCAUCUCUGAUGCUGAUGCCACUGAUGCGAUUCUCGAUAAAUAUCUGCGCACGGAUGAGUCUGCUGGACCGGGCCGUGAAGGGGGUAUUCACCACUUCCUGGAUCUUGCUGGCAAUGAGGGCAACCAUAGCCAACGGCGUGGCAAUCGGCCUGAUCUUGAUAUGAGGCCGUCGGGUGUGGAUAAAGUACCUAUCAUUCGGACUUUGAACAGCCUCAGCGAGAAAAUCAUGGCUAAUGUGGCGCCGUCAGAUGGUGACAUGAGUGCGCCUGUUGGCAUGAAUGAGGAGGCGUGGAAAAAGCUCCAGCUGCAGGAUCUCCGUGGUGAUGAAGAGCAAAGCAGGAUCACAUUGAAUAUUCGUGAUCAGAGUCGAUUCUUCUCUAGCACGCAAGAAGACGACAAGAGCAAGCAGUUUGCGCAACAAGACCCGGACCAGCUUUUACAGGCUCUUCGCGCAGAGAUCGCGCAGGAUCUCCCAGCACAAGGAAAUACCCAAUUGAGCAAACUGGUGGAUCCUGGCAAUGAUGAGGACGAGGAAAUGGAAGAUGCUCCCGCCAUCCAACGGCCAGUAGGCUCCUCCGCCGCUCUUCAUGACUCCUUCGCCCAGAUCCUGGAAGCAGUGCGUGACCGCCGGGCCCAGCUAAGCGAUCAAUCAACAUCAGAGACAUUCGGCCUCUCAAUAGCUCUCUUCGACCGACUCACCCUGACACACGCUACAACCACGGAGUUCCUGCACCAGUUCUGGCAGGCAUACCUAUCAGGCAACCCAGACCGUGCCGGCGAAGUCGCAUCCCUCGCUGAAUCUCUCCAACGAGCGUCCGAGCGGAUCAAAGCUGUCGCAAAUGACGCAGAAGCCGAUCGCAAGGUCGAGGUUGACAAGUUAAGGCAGCAUGCGCGCGAGGUAUUCGAACGUACUCAGCGCAAGAUCCGGCCGAACCUUGAAGGCGUACAGGGAGGUCAAAAGGUCGUGAACCAGCUGCUUGGUCCGACACUGCAUGCGCUGAACGUCGCCUUGAGCAAGUACCAGGCGGAAUUGGCAGAGCAGAAUAAAGAGGCGGCUGCCAUUCCUGCGUAG